AGUUUGAGCAUCUAUCUGUAAAUUGAAAGAAAGACCUAUAAAUAUGGAUUUUGUUCGCAUUAACAACUCGAAGAGUUUUCACUUCGUAACACUGAAGAACAAAGUUUAGAUAGUGGAUUGAAUAAAGCAGCGGGUAUGGCUGGACAUAACGAGUCUGGUGGAUCGGAGAAGAAAUCGAGCGAUGCCGCGAAUGAAUUACAAAUGUUUAGUGCUGAAAAUUUGCAAAGUAACAUGAAAAUCAUAUUUUACAGCCGAACAUUCUUGUCUCUCAUUGGUGGGGUGAUCGCUGGAAUUUUUGGUUUCACCGGAUUGACUGGAUUUAUUUUUUAUUUCCUUCUCAUGGCAACUGCUUCAAUUGGACUCCUAGCAAAAGCAAAGUUUUCAGUUCAUUCAUACUUUGACUCUUGGACCCGAAUUUUAGUUGAUGGCGUUUUUGGUGGGCUCAUGUCGUUUGUGCUGUUCUGGACAUUUGCAUAUGAUCUCAUGCACAUAUUCUGACAAGUUCGGCUGAAGGAGAAGCUACUGCUGCUGCAGCUGCUGCUUGGGGCAUCAAAUUUACAUUACCCUGGAGUUUGAAAAUGUCAUUUAAUGAUUUAUACUAAUCUCAAAACAUCAUCAGGGCCGGUUCUCUAUUCCGUUCUCUUUUUUGGUUUAGUGGAUCGGUACUCUUAGGCUUGAAUUUAGAUGGAAAUGCAAUUUGUUGAAGAGUUUGCGAGGGACCUGCUUCGUGCAGAUCUGAAUCACAGAUGUUUUUUUAGUUGAAUUCUGAUUGCUGAAUGGUUUACACUUUCAAUUAAGAUUUUGGUAUAGCUUUCAA